AUGGAGAUGUUGGUUGAUGUGCUUGUUGACCGUGAGGAUGAUGAUGAUGGUCUUGUUCCUCCAGCUGCCAGUACGGCCGUCUGGUCUAGAAACGGUCAAGGAUCUUCAUCUCCCAGUUACGAGCCACCACUGCACUCACUGCAAAGUCGUAUCGAGGACAGAUUGGAGCGCCUGGACGAUGCGAUCCACGUGUUGCGGAGUCACGCGGUCGGUCCGUCCACAGCGAUGCCCGGCGCUCACGCGGACAUGCACGCAUUGAUCCCUCCAUCACACUCGCACAACGGGGCCAUGAGCGGAUACAGCGCUGGACUGCUGCCGUCCAACAGACACUCGCUCAUGGUGGGCCAUCGUGAGGACAGUGUGGGUUUGAGGACCGGUCAUCCCAUAGUGACCAAUCAGGGGUCGGUUCCUGUGCCGUCGGCCACUUCCCCCGACCUCAGCCAGCCCGACCCGUACAGGGCUCUCUCGGGUGGUCUCCAGGGUCAGAGCACCUCGUCUGUGAGCUCUGAGAUCAAGUCUGAGGAUGAAGGAGACGAGAAUCUUCAGGACAGUAAAUCUCUGGGUGCCAAGAGCAAGGAGGAGCUGGACAAGGACCUGAACGCUUUAGAGAGGUCAAGAUCUAGCAACAACGACGACGAGGACCUGACGCCGGAGCAGAAGCUGGAGCGCGAGAAGGAGCGGCGGAUGGCGAAUAACGCCCGCGAGCGGCUGCGCGUGCGCGACAUCAACGAGGCCUUUAAAGAGCUGGGCCGGAUGGUGCAACUCCACCUGAAGAGUGACAAGCCCCAGACCAAACUCCUGAUCCUGCACCAGGCCGUCGCCGUCAUCCUCAGCCUCGAGCAGCAGGUCCGAGAGCGUAAUCUCAAUCCAAAAGCGGCGUGUCUGAAGAGACGAGAAGAGGAGAAGGGGUCGUCGGACGGUGCUGCGCUCUCAUUGGCCGGUUCCCACCACAGCAUGGGCGAGGCGUCCAAUCCCAUGGGACAAAUGUCCAAGCUGCCAGAAUUCAUCAAAAUGAUGAGCGAUCACUUCCUUUGACAGUGUUAUUUCUGCCCCUGAACGCCACUCAAACAAUCAACCAAUCAAUCAAACUUCCACCUGACCGACCAACUUCUAUGUGUUCCUGUUCCUCACGCCAUCUGUGCGGAUAGAUAUAUAUAUACUGUAAAUUACGGAAACAUGGCAGAGUCACGUGGGAUGGCUGUCCAUAUCUUCCUCCGAGCAUUCCCAGUUCAAAAAGAAGACGUUUUUAUGCACACACACACACACAAAAGAUUUGAAGGUGCAGACAGACGGAGGAUUCUUCAAACAUAUCAUGAAGUUGUACAGACGUUUGGAGGUCGGCUCGAGACCAGCCCUCUGAUUUCAAUGGCAAUCCUGUCCACACUGUGGAACUUUUGUAGCUGUGCCUCACGGAACUCCCGGCGGAAGAAUAGAACUCUGAAAAUUCCCAAUCGGAACCUUGGGACGAGAGGGGCUGUCAAUCAAACGCACGACGGAAUUAGGCUGUAGAAUUUCACAAAACCGUUCGCAAUAAUGUUAUUUUACUUCUUUCCCCCCCCCACCACAAAAUAGGACGUCCAGCUGAAGGUCUAGAGGCCGGAACGUUCCUUCACCGGACCGUCUUUGCUCUCGAAGACCUCGCGCUCACUUUAGAGAUUCGUUAGGUCAUUUCUCUCUUCGUUCAUUUGUUCCUUCUUCUCUCCUCAAGCCCUCCCGGACCCCGAAGAUGCAAUUUUAACAUGACUAAACUUCAACCAACGUGCCUUUUAGAGCUCAUAUCAUCACAACUGGAGGAGAACAUUAUCAGAACUUUCUAGGAUGCAAGCUUAGGAAAACGUUAGUCAUUAGGUCUAUGCAGUCAGGUUUUUUGCGGCCUGGGAUUUAAAAAAAAAACACAAACAAGUAAAAAGGUCAAAAAAGUAUUUUUUUGGGAUAAACUGUAUUUAAUGUACUGUAUGGCUAUAUGUAAUUAGAAGGUGUGUCCACCCCCUCGUGGCUCCACCCACAGCCCCGCCCACCUGUCACCACGUCGUUAUUGAGCAUUGUAUUAUAGAUAUCAGCUUUUAUGAAAACUGGCUUGUUGUUGAGCCGCUGUAGUCCUCAGUACAAAUGUGUGGUCGUACGUGUAAAAUGGCUUUUCUCUUUUUUUAUCUCUCUAUUCUUUGUCUGUACUGGUUUCUCUGUCAAAAAAGGUUAAAAAAAAAUAUGAUUACGAACCCGCAGGCGAUCUUUGAGGAUCGGCGGUGGUUUUAUCAACAGGAGGCACUGAAAGUGGACAUAAAGUCUAUUAGAAAAAUCGCUAUAUAUAAAUGUAGAAAUAUAUACAGUAUAUAAACAAAGGAGAGUCCGACGGAAAGGAGAGUUCACGAGGAUCGAUGUUUCUUGCUUUCUGGAGACGUCCGAGAGAGACGUGUGACUCUGUUGUGAUAUUUUUUUCAUAAAGUCGUCGCGAUCGUAACGGGACCGAAGUGCCGCUCUCGCUAAAGCUGCGGCCGGCAAAGGGAAACACGGACAUUUGUAAAUUGUACGCAACAAAUGCAAACUUACCAUUAUUUUGAAAUUGUGUAUGUAAAAGUUAUAUUUUUACAUGUAGACUGUUGUUAUUUUGUGUUUAGAAAUGCGUUGUAUCAGUUUUUUUUUCCUUUCUUUUUUUUUGGGGGGGGGGGGUCAUUGUGUGUUGAAACGUGUCACAUUGAAAAUGUAGUGAGAACAAAAGCAAAAAAAAAAUUUGUUUAUAUUUCUGGGGACAUUUUUCUUUUCUAAAGGUGGGUGGUGGGGUCGGGAAGCAAAGCUAUAUGAUAAUUCUCUCAUCCACAUUGUCAUUUUUUUAAUUGAGUAUUUUCUGUGUAAAUAGAAGUCACGAGCAGGGCUGACGACGUUUGUUUACUGCGUUCCUGCCGUUGAUCAUGUGGCCUGGUCAAGACGUGAUUGGUUAGCGUUUAACGUGUGUCAACAAUCAGACCUUAAUUUACGUUAUCACUUUUUGUAAAGAGACUCGUGACACAUCGCUGAAAGAAUCGACUCGAAACGACUUUGAAAUGACGACUCGGAUGCCCUCACACUCAAAAAAAAAAAAAACUCGGGCCUGAAUUUAAGAUCGAUGUCUAUGAAUUGCGUAUAAAUAUUCCAUGCAUUUGGAUGAUGCCGUUUUAACAUACAAACUAUGCAUAUUUGUCUACCCUACAUUAAUGAAACAAGUCAGAUUUCUGUAAUAAUACCAAUAAACUGAAUGUGUUUUUAAUGCAAAGUAACCAUGUUUAUAUUUUUAUCCUCAAUAAAUCAAAUUUGUUUACUCUA